AGGGAGGCUUGACGCCGGAUUCCUAUUGACUUUGAAGUUGUGCCGUCUUGCAUUAUAUUAGCUUAAUCAAUGUGUAACUUAUCCUUACAUACCCAUAGGAAUGGAUAACCGUUGUUAUUGUUGCACCGCCAAGUUCGGUGUCUUCAAAAAGGAGUUGGGUUGUAAAAGCUGUGGACGAUCCUUCUGCGCCAGCUGCUUGACUUAUAACGCGGUGGUCCCACGUUAUGGUAACACCCAGCAAAAGGUCUGCAAGCAAUGCCAUGGUAAUCUUACAAGCGGGAAUACUUCAAACGAUGCUGGAAGAUGGUCUCCCCCUGAAAACUACAAAAAGCGAGUUGCUGCAUUUGAAGCCAAACAAGGACAGAAGACACAACCACAUGGAGGCAGUAUACAUUCUCUGGCAAGUCUUCCCCCUCCGAAAGGCCUAAGUAAGGAAGAUCAGACAAUUGCUGAAAGGCUUCAAAAGCUGAAAGAAGACUCUGCGCCAAAGUCUAUUCCAUCUGAACAAGAACUUGAGACUCGGCUCGCUGCCCUUAAAGUUCCCAGCAAGCCUGUGCCUUCUUCCCAGGAGAUGGAAGACCGAUUAGCAGCUUUGAAGGGUCAAACUCCUCCUUCUCAAGCUCCCCCACCUGUCCGCCAGCCUCCAGACAACAGGACUCAGACCGAGCAAGCCAAUGAUCUUCUUACUCAGAUGACAGAGGAGGUUACCAUUGACCAUCAGCUUGCAGAUCCUGGCUACAGCGACGGUGGGCACAUGAAUGAUCUUAACAAAGGAGAGGAUAGGACACUACAGGACAAUAUGGAUGACAACCAAGACCCAAGGAGGCAGCUUGAAACUGAGGCGUCACGUUUGCUUGAAGAGGCCAAUCAGGAGCUGAAGAAGGAUCAUCAUUUCACAGAACAAUUCCACAACAUGGCCAAGAGGCUCGCACAGCUGAAAGGCCAGGACCCCGACAAAGUGAAGAUGGAAGAUUACAAACAUCCCGACAGUGAUGAGGAGACGGAGGACGAAGCCAUAAAAAGGGUUUUAAAGCAGCUGUCAGAAGAAGCUGCGCUAGAUGAGGCCAGUGGCUACAACAUACCUCCAGAACACAGUGGACCCCAAAACACAGAGAAGGAAAAGUCUGCCAAGAAGCCUACUCAAGCUCCGGCAACCAAGAGCAGGACUCCACCAGCAGCUGUAAGAUCAGCUGAUCCGCCAUCAGACAGUGAUGACGACGAACUUCCAUGGUGUUGCAUCUGUAACCGUGACGCCACCUUACGCUGCCACUCCUGUGACGGAGACCUGUACUGCAAUCGCUGCUUCAGGGAAGGACACGAUAAAUAUGACAGGGAGGAGCAUCGCACCACCAAUUACACUGCACCGAAAAAGAAAAGGAAGUCCUGAUGGCGAAACUGCACCGAUGAUGGCGGCCUGAUCAACAGCGCGAAACCGGAUUGAAACACUACUGCAUGUCGAACAAUAUGUGAUGUAUGAAUAAUUAACGCAAUGUUUUUCAUAAUUUGUCAAAAGAGAAAUAAGUCUUGAGUUAUUGGCUAUUUUAAGCAAAGUCUGCGCCGCCUCAGGAUCAAAAAACAUUUUUUGUCAUGUUCUACUCUGCAAUUUGGGGAUUUUUAAAUGUUGACAUCGCAAACAAAAAGCAAUCAUGAGCUCUUUUGGAAUGAUUUAGAAUCGCAGACUGUCAACACUAGACUGACAAAAGAUCCACAGAGUCCGUAUAAAAGGAUUAGGGCAGGUUUUGUUUUCCUUUGGCAGGCGUCUCAGCCACUCCUGUAAUUAGGUUUGGAUGUGUGUCGAACAUCACAGCAUCGCCCCGCUUCUGCUUGCACUUUAAUUUCAUUACAGUGGCUGCUGCGGGGUGUCUUCGAGAGACGCUGAGAUCUAUUUUUGUUGUACUUUUGCAGUCGGUAUAAGCACUUUGCAGAAAUGUGUCAGUCUGUCGGAGAGGUCACAAGUGAAGAGUCUGAUGGCCUCGAUAGUGGAAAUGGGGGCGAUCCAAGCAAAUUACUGUAAUGGAACCUGAUGGAGCCAAAAGACCCUCAUGUGUGACAGAACAGCAGAGUGUAGUCUCAUCAAGACACAUCAAUGUCUACCCGACUGAGGAGGCGCCAUCAUCACGCUCCUCCGGGGGCUCCAUUAAGCUUUGUAUGGAGGUCGUUAAUGUGUUUGCCUUUUCUGGUUAUGUCGUACACAAGACAGGAAAUGGGAGAGGAUAAUGGAUGCAUACCUAAUGGACCUUCCUGCCGAUGAUUUUUUGCUGUGUUUACUCCUAAACUUGACAUGUCAACAUCCCCUUUGGCUUCCUGCGCCGCGCUGAAAGAUGAAUGUCAGAAAAUUGCUUUCUGGAAAUUAUAUUCUGAGUCAUUAAGUCAUUUUUAUGAGGGGGAAUUUAUUGAAAGUGUGUGUGUGUGGAAUAAACAUUUUUUUUGUUCAAUGAA